AUGUCUCUUUUGCCGAAACCUCGUGCGAUCGUUGUACGCGAGAGUUUGCGCAGCCUGACUCUUCGAGAGAAAUUUUUCAUUCGAUUGCUCCGAGAAACAAUUCCAAGCUACAAGAUCGCAUUUUCAGGAAACGUAGCGGUGGAGAAGGAAACGCUUCUGCGCGAGAAGGUUCCUUGCAUAGACGACAACAAGUUUUAUCGAGAUCCCAAUAGGCAACCGCACAGCGUUUGGUCCCCCGCCGAGUGUGCCAAAUACUUUGUCUGUCUGGACAACGAAGUGUUCGAGUUCAAGUGCUCGCAAGGACUGCUCUUCGACGUGUCCAGGCAGAUCUGCGACUUCAAAGCGAACGUCGACAAUUGCGACGUAACGUCAGACGCUCAACCAGCGAAGCCGCUGCUCGGCAAUGGCGAGUGCGACAAGGAGAAAUUGGCCUGCGGGGAUGGCACGUGCCUCCCGGCUACGUAUUUCUGCGACGGGAGCGUCGACUGUCCCGAUGCCUCCGACGAGGGAUGGUGUGACACGCGAUACGACGCGAACGGUGCGCCGGCUUGCGACGCACAGAAAUGCCGUCUACCCGAUUGCUGGUGCUCCGAGGGUGGUACUGGGAUCCCGGGGAAUCUCACCGCGCUCACCGUUCCGCAGAUGAUAACGAUCAGCUUCGACGAUGCCGUGAACGCCGAAAAUUUCCAACUCUAUUCAAAAAUUUUCACUGACGACAGAAAGAAUCCCAACGGGUGUCCCAUAAGAGGUACCUUUUACAUCAGUCAUCAGUACACGAAUUAUAGGGACGUGCAAUAUUUGUGGAAUAUCGGACACGAAAUAGCCGCACACUCUGUCACUCAUCAUGGGCCGGAAGAGUGGUGGUCGAAAAAUGCAACGAUCGAGGACUGGUUCGACGAGAUGGUCGGAAUGGCAAACAUUAUCAAGAAAUAUGCAGCAGUUCGUAUCGGUGAUAUCAAAGGGAUAAGAGCUCCUUUCCUGCAAGUCGGAUGGAACCGCCAAUUUUUAAUGAUGUCCGAAUUUGGCUUCGUUUACGAUUCCUCAAUCGUAGCGCCGUUCUCCGAUCCGCCUCUGUGGCCUUACACGCUCGAUCACAGAUUGCCCCAUCCAUGCGUCCACACGCAGCAACUUUGUCCGACUCGUUCCUAUCCGAACAUCUGGGAGUUACCUCUGAAUCAGCUUUUGGCAGAUGAAUUUACGAGCACCACUUGUACCACCGUGGACUCGUGCUCCUCCGAUCUGUCUGGCGACGAGAUUUACAAGAUGCUCAUGCUGAACUUUAAGAGGCACUAUCUCACCAAUCGUGCGCCUCUCAGCUUGCGCUUUCACGCAUCGUGGUUCCAAGAUCCAAUGCAUUUCUACGCAUUUAACAAAUUUCUCGAUGAUCUGCUUCGGCUGGACGACGUAUUCCUCGUCACGAGUCACCAGGUCGUGGAAUGGACGCGCAGGCCAACGUCCCUGAACGAGAUCAAAAAGUUCGCGCCCUGGCAAUGCAAGACUCGGCAUUUCGAGCCAUUCGAGGUGGCCUGUGAGCAACCGAACAGCUGCAAACUAUUUAGUAAAGCGCUCCAGUCGUAUCGAUACUUGCACACGUGCUUCGAAUGCCCAAAGCAAUAUCCAUGGCUAAGAAACGAAUUUGGCAUCGAGUGACGGAACGAACAGAGGUCUUAUUACUUUGCUUGUUAUUAUUUAUUGCUAAAGUAACUGCAAAACAGUUUUUGCACUUUGUGAAAAAAUUGCAUUUAUUUUCUAUAAAUUUAUACACACGUCUACGUACAUGUACAAGUUUCUUAGAUAUAUACAAAAUGCAACGUUCAUAAAAUAAAUUACAUCUUUUUCAUU